AAUGAAUUUCCAUCGGCUACACCCAUCCUCCGCUUAGAGCGGCUAUGCUUCCGCUUCUCAUAAACACAUCCACUUCUACUCCAGAGUAAAUCGGCAUGGCAUCUCCACCCUCUGCAACACGCAUCGCUGCAGCACUAUGUUGAAGAGUCAUUAGAUCUAGCAGCAUGAAGGCGCCUAUGGUUGCUCUGAGUCAGAUCUCUCGCCUAAUACACACCAGAUGCAUUCUUUAAUUCAAAUCAGCGGACCAGUGUGCGGAUCUAGUAGAACACAUCUCCAGCGAUGACUUCAUGGUGGUGGUACGGCCAAGUUUAUUGGAGCGGCGGUGAUGGGGCAGAUGUGUUUGGUUUAGGUCAUUAAGGUAAGGGUGUGUGGGGAUCCAUGAAGGAGAUGAUGUGGUUUGGCCGGAGAGCCAGAUGUAAGGUGAAGGAGUCACUGGAUGAUUUGAGGCAAGAGUGUCACUGUGCGCGCCGACCGACACAGUCGCUGAAAGGGGUAACUGAUCGAACGGUAGUCACUGAAAUCAGGUGUCAGGUUUCACUGAAUGUGAACGACGGUUGUCUCGGUGUAGAGUCACUGAACAUUGUCGGUGGUAGAGUCACUGGGCAGUUACCGGCCAAUAUAGUCCGCCAACAUAGUCACUGGACAAGGGCUGGAGUCACUAGAGAUGUGUGUGGCGGAUGUGUUCCGGCAGUGAUGCCGGCGGCUGCGAUACUAUCGUCUGCAGCGACAGCAGUGAUUGCGACGGUGAUAUUGCCGGCGGUGAUGGUAAAGUGGUGGUUGGGUGGCUAAGAACAAUUUAUUGCUUCUUAAUGAUUAUGAUAUAAAAUAUUAUAAAAUAAAAAUCACAAUAAAUGUAUUAUGUCGUAUUUAAUAAAGCAAACAAAAGCAUGUUCAUGGUUCAGUCAUGUUUUUGGGAAAUUGAAA